AUGGUAGCUGACCCGAAUGACUAUUUUGGCACAAUAACUCGACUGCUCAAGCAACAAUCUACAUAUCGUUUGUCACAAGUGGGAACAUACUUGGAUGCUGAUGACAGUACAACAUUCGAUGUACUUGUUCCAACUCUUCAAUUCAACCCGCAGCUUUCAAUUAUGGUGGUUCCAUUGGCCUUUCUGCAAGCUCCCAUAUCAUAUCCCAAAAAUGAUGCUCCAAAAUACUCCAUAUAUGGUAGCUUAGGAGUAAGUGUCAACCACUUCCUGGCAAAGCUAUUUUGGCCCCGAGUAGAGAGAGGAUCUCAGAAGCAAUGUUUGGAAAAUAUCUUUCGCGGAUAUCUGUCCACACUCUACCGAAAUAAUGCAGAUUUCGAAGACGAAACCUUAAGAACCAUCGAACUUUCCGAUGCAUUGGACACAACAUCCUACAGCUACAUCGCAUUGAAUGGGAACACUACUACACGAGAGCAAAAGCUUCCAGGAUUUGAUAAUUUUGAUGACGUACAAAAUAUGAUGAUGACAUUCGGAACGAUGUUCUGCAAUAGAGACGGUGCCCAGCCUGGCUCACCCUACGAGGCAAUGAUCAACACUGUGGCAACUAACACGAAAUUACUCUCUCAGCAUUUCAAGUGCCUCAAUAGCUCUGCUAUCUUCUACAGAAGACAAUGCCUUUGAAUAGACUACGUUUUGCAAAUAUUAACAGAUUUGUUGUACAGAAGAUGUCAAUGAGUGUAAUUACGGAAUCUGCCAAGCAGAAAGUGUACGAAAUAAAGCAC